AUGGGGGACUGGAACUUGUUGGGCAGCAUCCUUGAAGAAGUGCACAUCCACUCCACAAUAGUUGGCAAAAUCUGGCUCACAAUCCUGUUUAUAUUCCGGAUGCUGGUGCUGGGAGUGGCUGCUGAAGAUGUCUGGGAUGAUGAGCAGUCCGAGUUCAUCUGCAACACAGAGCAACCUGGCUGCAACAAUAUCUGUUACGACAAAGCUUUCCCCAUUUCUUUGAUCAGAUACUGGGUGCUGCAGAUCAUUUUUGUCUCCUCCCCAUCCUUAGUGUACAUGGGCCAUGCGCUCUACAGGUUAAGGGCACUGGAGAAAGAGCGACAGAACAGGAAAGCCCACCUGCGGGCUCAGCUCGAGGACCUGGAGCCCAUGCUUGAGGAGCACAGGAGAGUGGAGAGAGAACUGCGCAAGCUGGAGGAACAGAAGAAAGUGAAUAAGGCACCCUUGAGAGGGUCCCUGCUGCGCACCUAUGUCCUACAUAUCCUGACCCGGUCGGUGGUCGAAGUGGGCUUUAUGAUAGGUCAGUAUCUUUUAUAUGGGUUUCACAUGUCUCCCCUUUACAAAUGCACUCGGCCCCCUUGCCCUAACACGGUGGAUUGUUUUGUGUCCCGACCCACAGAGAAGACCAUCUUUAUGGUUUUCAUGAACAGCAUCGCCGCCGUCUCGCUCUUCCUCAACAUCCUCGAAAUCGCCCACCUGGGCAUCAAGAAGAUCCAGAAGAGCCUGUGCGGGCAGCCGCUGUGGCCGGCGGGCCGGUCCGAGGAGGACCCCAGCGCGUACAACUCCAAGAAGAGCUCGGUGGUGCCUCCGCCGCCCUGCCUGACCAGCAACGCCGAGGAGGCGCCGCGGGCCGCCCCGGCGGGCGGAGGGGCCGGGGCUGCGGGGGCGGCCGCAGCCGCUCGCCGGGCGCCCCGCAGGCAGAGCCGGGUGAGCGCCUGCCGGGAUCUGGAUGAGGAGCGCGCCGACUCCCCGGACAGCGGGCACUGCCCCGGCACCCGCAAGUCCAGCUUCCUCUCCCGCGUCCUCACCGGGAGCCGGGCGGGCAGCGACAGCGAGAGCAUCGCCUCCCGAGGCGGCUCCGGCCCCUGCCCCGGCCCCGGCUCCGGCUCCGGCUCCGGCUCGGAGGGGAAGCGCCGCGAGGAGGGCGCGCCCAGCCCUCCGCCCGCCGCCUCGGGACGCCGCGUGUCCAUGGCAAGUAGCGCCCGGGACAGCCCGCGGGAGGGGGGCGGCGGGGGCCCUCGGCACCCUGUGCCGGCCCUGGGGAGGAGGGGGCGAGCCAGGGGACAGAACGGCUCGGGCAGGACUUCCAACACAGCCCCAGCCCCUCGCGGCCCUCCGGACAAAGUCAAGCUCCCAAACGUUCGGCCUCCUUCUGCCGUGAAAGCAGGAAUGCCAGGGAAUUACUGA